GAUACGUAUCGAUUGUACUAUCAUUGUCUAGCUGAUUCGCUCCUCUUUUUGCACUACACAAUGCCAACAUCAGUCGGCAUCAUGACGACGCGGUAGGUGCACAGUUAAAAUGUUACUAGCGUUGCUCGCCGUUAUUCUUGCGGUUGGCGGCGAGAACGAUAAAGAAAUACGCGUCUCCCUGCCGCUGCAACUGCCGAGCCGAAACGACAAGGCCGAACAGUGCUGGCUGCGGAUCGAGGAUGUCGAGUUGACGGAAACCCUGGCUAUAUACUGCUUCAUUGCCCAGGGGUUCCUCAGGAACUUCGUCCACGACUACAACAACAGAAAGAUGUUGGAAGACAACGUGGACGUCAGCCUCUGGGCCGAGGAGCCCAGGAGCGCCGAGGAGAUCGUGAUAAGAGACGACAGCAAGAGCUACAAUAUAGUCGAUUGGAAGUUGACGACGAUCAAGGAUCCGACGACGAAGCAGCGCCUCUACGUGACGAAGAACGCCACCUGUCGCCUCAUCAUGAUCAGUCGGGAGGCGAUGACGAACUAUAAAGUGGAUUGCGACAAAAUCUUGUACUUUGUGAAUGUGAAACUGAGCGGUGCGAGUGAGUUAGGUAGCGCGGUGAAACUCGCCUUCCUGUCGGUGUUGUUAAUUGCGCUAUUAAACAAUUAGUUUUGUUAUUGUGUUCUCGUACGUCGUGUCACCGAUACCUACAGCGUGUAAUUUAGUGUACGUAUAGUUGUACUUCGGAGUUCCUAUGAC